AUGCCUGCCUUUUCUUCGAUAUAUCUUUCCCAAUGGCUCUCAUUCUCUACGACUGCAGCCGUAAAAUUCAUAAAACUCGCCACUCUGAUCUCCUUUCUCGACAUCCUCAAUCCAUCCAAUAAUCACCUCUUCAUGAGUGUACUACCGAGGCUAGAGCUUGAUCAUGAGAAUGGCAUCACCCAGCUUAGCGGCUGUGGGGGCGUUAUUGUUUCUGAGCGCUACUUCCGUCAGAGAUUCGUUGCAGUGCUCUCAACGCCGGUAGAACUACGAAGAGGAGAGUUCGGCUCUUGA